AUGUCAAGCAACGGUUCUUCUAGCAAUGAGUCUACAACACCAAUAAACAUACCUACAACUCUUCGCAAUAGGCACCGGGAACCUGAAGAACCAGCAACUGGUGGUGUUUCGUCCCUAGCACAGUCUUUUGCUACAAACCUUCAAUCAUGGACUCAAAAUUCAGGUCAAAUAAUGAGCACUUAUAUGUCAGAUAAUAUUGCAGUACCAUCUUCAGUUGCGGAUUCUUUUGAUGGAGCAUUUUCACCAAUGUCUAAUCGAUAUUCACCAGCACAAGCUCGAUUACCUGAUUCAUAUCGUUCAGGAAAUCGUUCUCAAUAUGGAUCUUACAUGCCAGCUUCAAGUUACGCUCCUAGUCUCGCUACAAUUAGUGGAAGUCCAAUAAUUUCUCAUUAUGGAUCAUCAUACUUUAGUAAUCGACAAUCACCGAAAGUUCCUUACGAUAAACAGAUAAAAGAUAUUCCAGAACGUACACCACUUAUAAGAACGACGUCAAAGAGUUCUAUGACAUCGGUGCCCUUAUCUACAAUGCAAAAUAUUCAAAUAUACGAGGGAUCUACUUUUCAACAAUCGAUAUUUAAUUCUUGUAAUAUUUUGAUCGGAUGGGUUAUUGGAUUAGGAUUAUUUAUAUUUUGUUUUGGAGUUACAAAUUAUACUGCAAAAAUACUUGUAAAAUGUUUAGAAUAUGAUGAAGGUCUUUAUACAUAUGCAGAUAUGGGUGCCAUUGCAUUCGGAGAAGGAAUUAGAUUGUUAAUAUCUAUACUGUUUUCACUCGAAUUACUUGCUUCAACUACUGCGUUAGUCAUUCUUUGUGGUGAUUCUUUACAGGCAAUAUUUCCGGACGUAUCAAUAAUUGUACUUAAAUUAAUAGCUUGGUCAGUCAUGGCACCUUUAACAUUGAUGGCCAUUCGUUAUUUAUCUUAUUUCUCUUUAUUGGGUAUAUUUUCCGCUUUCGCAUUGGUUUCAGUAUUGGUAAUUGAUGGAAUAACGAAAGCAGAAAGACCAGGAAGUUUAAUUGAUCCAAUGCCAACAGAAUUAUUUCCAUCUAAUUGGGGUUCACUUCCUAUGGCUUUUGGAUUAAUUAUGGCCGGAUUCACAGGUCAUGCAGUAUUUCCUUCAGUAUAUCGUGAUAUGCAAGAACCUCAUAAAUAUAACAAAAUGGUAGACAUCACUUAUUUCGUGACAGCAAGUGUAUAUAUUGUUAUGGCAGUUUGUGGUUAUGCUAUGUUUGGUUUAACAACCAUGCAAGAAGUAACUAUAAAUCCUAUCGCCAAAUAUGCUCUCAUGAUUAAUCCCAUUAAUUUAACGUUAGAGAUUGCUUAUUUUUCAAUUCCAAAUAUUGAAAAUUGGUUUAACAAAGGACGUGGUCGACGUUCUGCAGUAAAAGUUAUUUCACGUAUGUCAGUAUCAUUGGUUGUAGUAUUAAUUGCCAUCCAAUUUCCAGGAUUUGAUCGGGUGAUGGGAAUUUUAGGUUCAUUCUUUUCAUAUACCAUUUCUGUUGUCUUUCCUUGUAUGUGUUAUUUAAAAUUAUUUGGACGUGAGUUAAGUUGGAAAGAAUAUAUCUUAAACGUGGUUAUUAUUGGUAUAAGUAUUUGUUUAUCCGCCUUGGGAACCAUUUGGUCAUUUUUACCAUAG